GGAAGUAUACAAUUUCUUGAAGAGAGGCCCAUCCACCCCUUUUAUUUCACGUCCUUUCUCAUGCGUCGGUAUAUGACUGAGGAGGUGAGACUGGUGAGUUCACAAACAAACAAAGAGGAGUGUGAGUGAUAGCCCUGCAUACAGGUGCAACAUAGCAUAUCGCAAAACACCCCCCAAAAGAGUUGCAAUAUUCACCUAAACACCAUAUAGAUAGCCCGUACAAUCAACUUGAAACGUAUAUCUGCGCUCCUGGGGUUCUGUCACAAUAUCCCUUGCCAGCCUCGGCACACGGAAGACAAAGUUCCGAUCAGAACGAUCGAUUGAAGACUUCAUGUGAAGGACAACACAGUUAAACUGGAGUUCAAGUUCAUCAUCAAUCUUUAUAUCUACAUCUAUCUAUAUCAAUUCAUCCUGCCUUUCUCUUCUUUGAUUUAUAUACUUGACAAUCUCUGGCUUGGAAUUUGAAAUCUUCCACAAUGACCUCGAACAUGGUUGAUAUCAUUGCACCAAUUGUUGCUCCAUUGCCCGACCCUCCUGAAGGUCAAUACUUCACAGAUCUGCAAUGGACUACAUUAAUGGCAAUCAUGGAUACUGUGGUCCCUUCAAUACACAAAUCUUCCGUCACAAAUGAUCCAUUCAGUCAACUCUCAAUUCCCGAUGAACAGUACAGUGAUGCUGUAGCUCACAUGCAAACAACAAUCUCAUCGCCACCGUCAACGGAAGCAUUAGAAGCAUACCUCAAUGAAAAGCCGUCCGAUAUUCCAGCCUUUCAAGACAUCCUCCUUCGCACUUUAACCAUUUAUGCUCGCGAAGAUGCUCGGAAAGUCCUUGGUUUCAUUCUCACCACUCUCAAUACUCGCCUUGGCUCAUUGAUGCUCACAGGCUACGCCUCACCCCUCCAAUCUCAUCCAAUCAAUAUCCGUGAAUCAAUCCUCACAAACUGGCGCAAUUCGUACUUCUUUCCCCUCCGUGCCAUUGCCAAAACAAUGUCUGUAUUGGGUAAACACAUUUGGUUGAAAACAUCACCGAAUUUCGAUCGAGUCACGGGUUUUGCCAAAGUUCCCGAUCACUAUAAACCAGGCCCCCAUUACGAGUAUGAGUUUCUUCAAUUUUCAGCAGGCGAGGAACCCUGGAUCAUGGAAACCGAUGUUGUGAUUGUGGGAAGUGGGUGCGGAGGUGCGGUUUGUGCGAAGAAUCUAGCGGAAAAUGGACAUAAGGUUGUAGUGGUGGAGAAAUCCUAUUAUUAUCCUCCUUCACAAUUACCAAUGUCCGAAGCAACUUCGGGUAUUCACCUGUUCGAAAAUGGAGGGGUAAUUAUGAAUGAUGAUUCCAGCAUGUCGAUUGUGGCGGGAAGUAAUUGGGGAGGUGGAGGGACUAUUAAUUGGAGCGCAAGUUUACAAACCCAAGAUUAUGUGAGGAAAGAAUGGGCUGAGGAUAGAGGAUUGAAGUUUUUCGGUUCAACGGAUUUUCAAGAAUGUUUGGAUAGAGUUUGUGAGAGAAUGGGCGUUAGUGCGGAACAUGUAAGACAAAAUCAUGGGAACCAGGUGUUAUUGGAGGGUUCGAGAAAAUUGGGAUUUAAUGCGAAGCCUGUUCCGCAAAAUACUGGAGGAAAUGAACAUUAUUGUGGUCAUUGUUCAAAUGGAUGUGGAUCUUCACAAAAACAGGGGCCAGUCGUGUCCUGGCUACCAGAUGCUGCAAAGGCUGGUGCGGAGUUUAUUGAAGGCUUCAAGGUUGAUCAUGUUAUUUUUGACGAGUCGGAUGAGAAAAAGGCAGUCGGGGUAAAGGGAGUUUGGACUUCGAGGAACAACCAGGGUGGCAUCGAUGGUCCUUUGUCUGGCAAGACAGUUCGAGAAGUCAUUGUCAAGGCAAAGAAAGUCAUCAUCUCAACUGGUACCCUUUGGACUCCUGUUAUAUUGAAGAAUAGUGGUCUUACAAAUCCACAAAUUGGAAGGAACUUAUAUCUUCACCCUGUCAGUAUGGUUGGCGCCGUUUUCCCCGAGGAUGUGAAACCAUGGGAAGGUGGUAUCCUCACAAGUGUAUGCACCUCUUUUGAGAACCUCGAUUCACACGGCCACGGCGUCAAACUCGAAACGACCUGCAUGAUGCCAUCCCUCUGUCUCCCCACUCUCAAUUACCCAACCGGAUUUGACUACAAAUUCAAAUCCCUCUUCUACCGCCACAUGAAUGUUUUCAUCUCAAUUGCUCGAGACCGCGACACUGGAAUUGUAUAUCCUGAUGUUAAAACUGGCCUUCCACGGAUUUCGUACACUCCGAGUGAUUUCGAUAGAGGUCAUAUCUUGCAAGGUGUCGUUGCUUUAGCAAAAAUCUGCUACGUGAGUGGCGCAAGAGAAAUACAUAUCACGACCCAGGGCGUUGAGCCCUUCAUUCGUUCUCCAUCUUCUCUUUCCGACAAGUCAAAUGACUUUUCUUCCGAUCCUGCCUUCCAAACUUGGCUCACAACACUCUCCACUAUCAACACAAAGCCUCCAGCAUCUCAAUUUGCAUCUGCCCAUCAAAUGGGUACUUCGCGCAUGAGUACACGCCCGGAAAACGGAGUCGUAGAUCCGAAAGGAAAGGUCUGGGGCGUGGAAAACUUGUAUGUUAGUGAUGCAAGUGUAUUCCCAAGUGCGAGCGGAGUUAAUCCAAUGGUUACGAAUAUGGCUAUUAGUGACUGGAUUAGUAGGGGCAUUAGUAAGGAAUUAAACGGGGAAGUUGGUGAAGAGAGGGUUGAGGAAAGAGCGAGGCUGUAAACAUUGAACUUUGGGAUCUGGUGAUGGGAUGUAAUGCUAUGAUUGAAACCAGAAUAGGCAAUUUAUUUUUAAUGACUCGGAAUUGGGUAUUUCGUUUUGGAUUAUGGAGUUAUUUACACCCGCUUCUCUUCUUUAUUUGAUGGCUAGGGAAUUUUAUUAUUGCAGCUUCUCAACAUUUGAAUCUUUUGUUUCUGCGACGCGACAUGCCAUUCAUCAUGAUAUCCUCCCACUUUUAAAUAAAUUAUAGAGCACUUCGAUUCGCUCCCAGAUCAACUCA